AUGUUGGUCAUUAAAACUUUCUUCUUCUUCUCUGCAGGCAUCAUUUCCACUUUCCUCCACGUUCAUCCGUUCGGGGCGAACCUGGAAUAUCUGGUGUCGUACAUCCAGAGACUCGACUCCAAGGUGUCGGCGGGGGAGCUGGAGCGCCUCAUGGUCCGUCUGCCCGCCAUGUUCAGGCAGGAGCUGAGUGGCGUCGGCGCCACUCUGGAGAAACGAUGGAAGUUCUGCGGCUUCGACAGCCUCGGUUCAGCGUGACGCAGGUGGAACAUGCACACGCCAGGAAAACACGUGAAGAGACACGUGUGACGCCAUGGACCUUUAAUCCGUGUGUGUGUCGGACAACAACGUUCAUCAUGUGAGCAAAGGGACAAAGUUGGUGGACGUCAGACGGAGGUGAAACUUUUUUUUAUCUUGAACUCAUCAUGUGACCUGGAAACGUCUCUGACCUGAAUCAGGCUCCGACUUUUCUCUUCUUCGUGUUGAAUCAACACAAACAGAGAAAAGAAGAAACUUAAACCAAAGCUGAUCCUUCGUGUGUUUACACCAUAAAACCAGUUUCAAACCAGUUUCAUCCAUCCACUCAACAGGAGUAUUUAUUUCUGAGGCUCCGCCCACACGGAUACACUUCAGUGUUAAAACUGUUGUUAUGGUUACGCCCCCAGCCUGUAAUAAUGUCUGUGGGUCAUGUGACCUGUGUCCAGGUCGUUAGUUAUGUUUACAGAAUCAGUCCGUCCGUCCUCUGCUGUAAUAACACAGUUGUCUUCUGAAGACGUUUGGAUGAAGACCAAACGGAUAAAAUGGAGCAGUACCAGCGGAAAGUACCAGGGGGCAGUGUAGCAACAGUUCAGAUGUCACAGGACAACAUCACCAUGUUUGUCAGAACCUGUGGACUCUGCGCUGCCCUCUAGUGGAUUAACAACCGUACCAAUCCGAAGGAUACAUGGAAAUACACGAACAGUUUGAAACCAACGUGUAUGAAUUCGUACACAAACGCAGAAUAAAUGAGCUCGGAGGUCUUUUCUGUUUUGCAGAAUCACAGAUUUUAAAAUGAAAACGUGUCAGUGUGGACGAAUCUUCUCUGGUGUUGUUUCAACGUCGACUGGAAACAUUUGAGGAACAGAGUGACGCUCUCCAGAUGACACGUUUAUCAUCCGAAGCCUGAGGGGAGGAGCCUCUCUGACGUCCUGCAUGAACAUGAUCUGGUGGAAAUCGAAGGAAACUGAGGCUGGAAGAGAAAAUCUAAUUUAUUUCAUGAAACUGACGAAGACUCACUGUGUCUAAAUGAAGAUUGUAAAAGGAAGUUACUCUGUUAGAGCUGAGAGAUGAGCAAUCGUGUUUUUGAAAAGUCUGAAGUCUCAGAUCAGGACGAGAGAAGACGACAGGAAUAAAGGGAUGAAAAUGAGGAGGACGAGGAGCCAGAUUUACAUCACUGAACAUCACAGUCAAAUAGAAAAGAUGAAAGUGACGUCGUUUUGUAUCAAACUGACGUUUUUCUUAUUUAAAUAAAGAUGCUGAA